AACGGGGGAAGCGUUGUUGACAUCCACAGAAACUGCAGCUCAGACUUGAGCGAGGAGCUGUCCCACAGGCGCGAUGACAGAAGUGGAGGAAACCCUCAAGAGAAUCCAGAGCCACAAAGGGGUCAUUGGAACGAUGGUGGUCAAUGCGGAAGGCAUUCCAAUCCGAACAACCCUGGACAACUCCACAACGGUUCAGUAUGCGGGUCUUCUCCACCAGCUGACCAUGAAAGCCAAGAGCACAGUCAGGGACAUUGACCCCCAGAACGACCUGACUUUUCUUAGGAUCAGAUCGAAGAAACACGAAAUCAUGGUAGCCCCAGAUAAGGAAUAUCUUCUGAUUGUCAUUCAGAACCCAUGUGAGUAGACCUGCUGUGGCCAACCCUGUCCUCCUGACAAUACCUGGAAGCCCUUCCCUCCUCUAAUCCAUGAUAUUGUACCCUGACUGAGUCCAGAGAUGUGCUCUCCUGUUUUGACAAUGGAACUGCACUACUUGUUUCCCUAAGUCCCCUUUGAAUUGUGAUCUUGUACUUUUGCUGUAUAAUAAAAAAAAUUCUGCU